GCCUGUGGACCUACUCUAGUCCUUCCCUUGUGAAAUAAGGACAACUGCAAUAGAAUGUCAUUUUAGAUGUUGGGAUUUGCCGCCUUUAUCACCCCUCCCCACACCAACCACUCUUCAAGCAAAGCCUGCUUUGUUUAUGAAUGCAGGUGAAGAUGGUUCUGGGAAAACAACCCUCAUGACUAAACUACAAGGAGCUGAGCAUGGCAAAAAAGGAAGAGGCCUAGAGUAUCUCUACCUCAGCGUCCAUGACGAGGACCGAGAUGUUGUGAAAGAUUUUCAAGACUAUAUUGAACCAGAAGAAGGUUGUCAAGGUUCCCCACAGAGAAGAGGGCCUCUGACCUCGGGUCCUGAUGAAGAAAAUGUUGCCCUGCCUCUUGGUGACAAUGUGCUGACUCAUAAUCUGGGGAUCCCAGUGUUGGUGGUGUGCACAAAGUGCGAUGCUGUGAGUGUCCUGGAGAAGGAGCAUGAUUACAGGGACGAGCACUUCGACUUUAUCCAGUCACAUCUACGGAGGUUCUGCCUCCAGUAUGGAGCUGCCUUGAUUUACACAUCAGUGAAGGAAGAAAAAAACCUCGACUUGUUGUAUAAGUACAUCGUUCAUAAAACGUAUGGUUUCCACUUUACCACGCCUGCCUUAGUUGUGGAAAAGGAUGCAGUUUUUAUACCUGCUGGUUGGGACAAUGAAAAGAAAAUAGCCAUUUUACAUGAAAAUUUCACAACUGUGAAGCCAGAAGAUGCAUAUGAAGACUUUAUCAUGAAACCUCCUGUGAGAAAGCUGGUCCACGACAAAGAGUUGGCAGCGGAGGAUGAGCAGGUGUUCCUAAUGAAGCAGCAGUCACUCCUUGCCAAGCAGCCAGCCACGCCCACGAGAGCUUCCGAAUCCCCUGCACGAGGACCCUCUGGCUCUCCAAGAACUCAGGGCCGGGGAGGGCCAGCCAGCGUGCCUAGUGCCUCCCCAGGCACGUCAGUAAAGAAGCCGGAUCCAAACAUCAAAAAUAAUGCAGCAAGUGAAGGGGUGUUGGCUAGCUUCUUCAACAGUCUGUUGAGUAAAAAAACAGGCUCUCCUGGAAGUCCUGGUGCUGGUGGGGUGCAGAGCACAGCCAAGAAGUCAGGACAAAAGACUGUGUUGACAAAUGUUCAAGAAGAACUGGAUAGGAUGACUCGAAAACCAGACUCCAUGGUAACAAACUCUUCAACAGAAAAUGAAGCCUGAUCCUCCUUAAAAGUGCAUAUGUAAAAUGACCAAAUAACUAUGUAUAUUGAUCUGCUAAGACCAGGAUUUUUCUGAUACGGCACAUGCUAUCAGUUUUUUGGGGCAGGGGAGAUGAACUCUAAAAAAAAAACUUCAUUGGCUUGUCCGAGUGUGAAUUGCACAUUUAGGAAGGUUAUGUGUCAGAUCCCUUUGUUAAGGAUAACCUUGGACUCGCAGGCAUGUUGCUCUCUCGUGGGAAGCAAGUGCAGCUGGGGCUUCAUGUGGAGGGGAAGGUAGAUGAAGAGAGAGAGAGCCCUCUUUCUUUCAGGGCGGAGCAAAUGAGACCAGGAAAUCAUUGAUCAGAUGGUUAGUCUGACCAGGUGCGUGCUAGCAAAUUCACUUGUUCUUGGGAAGCAGAUUAAGUAGCAGAAAGUCCAGGAAACAAAAAAGGCUUAAAGGAGGAAUGAGAGAAGUGAUGGUGGGGGAGCUGAACGUUGAAGGAGGUGAAGGAAGGAGGAGAUGAGCAGUGUUAGUAAAUACUGUGUGUUCGGUAGAAGUUGAAUAAUCAUUUUUAAGACUUAAUAUCAGAAGCAUUUCCAAACUAAACACUAAGCAAAAUGGGAAUUAGACUUGUUCUGAAUGCAUCUUUAAUUUAUGAAAGAUGUGUUAAGUGUGGGUGUGCCUGAGUCAGGUGGAGCUGACACAGGGAUGGGGAAGAUGGCAGCCUCCCCGGACUCACGUGCUUGGCCGAGGCCAUGUUCUCAUGGGAGGUGCUGGGCUCCAUGCAUGUGCACUGUGGGGCAGACAGUCACUGGGAUGUGUUUAAAGUCGGCAGUUACAAAAUUAGUUUACUUUAAAUAGUGUUUUUUUUUAAUAACUCCUGCUCUGUUUUUUAAAUUUCAAAAACCUUUUCUUUUUUUUUACUACCACAGGCUGGCCUACAAAUAGAGAAUGGGUGACCAACCUCUCAUUUUACUAUAAUGCAAAGUACUACAGAAAGUUUGAGGGAGGUUUUUAAUGUAAUUGCACACUGAUUAAUUGGCUUGCACCAAUCCCUGCCUUACUGUCUGUGGAAGCCAUCAUGUGCAAAAGGGUCUUGUCCUAGCUCCCUGGUCUGAUCAGUGCUAUGAGAUGGACAAACAAAUGAAUGUUUUAUAUUGAAAAUGAAGAUGAUAUACUUCUUGUUUUGUGUUUUUCAUAAAAUGAAGCUUUUUUUUUUUUCUUAUGGAAAUAAGAGUUUCAGGUGUCUCCAUUUAGGGCAAAUUCAUGCACAUUAUCAUGUCACAACACCAUUCUGGAAAUGACUUCUGUGGAUUUGAAAUGGCACUUUUAAUUUUAUACAUGAUACAGAACUUUUAAAUGUAAGCACUACCAUUAAUUUAAUGUCUAAAACAUUCGUUGUCAAACCAAGGGAAAAACCACAGUUCAUUUAUGUGGAGUUUACUUUUUUUAUAUGAAUGUUUAUUGUACUGUGUCUGAGCAUAACUUCCCUAAUGUUACUACUUUUACAUACAAGAUUUGACUGACCACUAACAUAGUACUGGGCAUAACUUAAUAUCCUAUGUUAUAGAACAAGACUCUAAAACUGUCUUGAAUUGCUUUUUUGUAAAGGUCUGAACACUGUUAAGGAGAAAGCUGAGUAUUUACUUGCCUUUCUGACAAACAUAAAACAUGUUUCUUGUGCCAGUUUUAUUGUUGAAAAUAUACUUUUUUACCCUUUUUAAAUUCAGGGUUUUUUUUUUAAUGUAUUGUGGUUUCCAAUUACCAAAUUGUCCAGGUAAUGACAGUAAACUGACUGUGGAGUGAUAGUUGUGGGGUAGUGACCACUAGAUGCCCAACAGCUUGUGACCACACUAGUGGUGGGGUCACUUAAUUCCUCUGUAGGGUCUGGGAGUGGGGCACAAAAUGAGUGACCUCAGGAACGAGAAAGGAUUCUUGGAAAGGCACAUGCCUAAGGGGGAUAUGGAGUGAUUUUAAAUUUCAAAGCAUCAUUUUACUUUUCGUUUAUUUUAUUUUUUUAUGAUUUAAACUGAUAAGCACUUUUGUGUCACUGUAAAAUGUACUAAAACCGAUGAAAUGCUAAGGCACCUGUGUUCUGUGAAGGAGGGUUUCUUGGAAACCACUUUUAAUUUCUCAUGGCAAAUGGAUGCUCCUAGUAUCAGAAGGAACUGUUGCAUAGUGUCAUGUGCUUAGUGGUUGCCAAAGUCUACCAACUUUGGGGAGCUGCAGGGUUCUUUUUGGGAGGUGGGGGGGAUGGGAGGGUCUUUUUGUUAUUUUGGGGCUUUCAAGCAUUGGAACCAAAGGCCAAACAAUAAACAGCCUUUACUUUUUAAAGUAAAAUUCAUGUUAUUUGCAGAAUACACUUGUAUGGUAGACUGUUAAAUAGAAUUUUAUGACUAUUUAUAUACAUUAUAGUGGUUACAUCUGCUGUUUGUCUUUAAAAUGGAAAAAUCAAAGAAAUAAGCCCAGUUUUGAAGAUGUGGCCUUAUCGAGGCCAUGAGUUAUUCUUUCCUAAAAAUGCAACGGGUAUGCUGCUAGAAUUAUUUAAUUUUGUUUGCACUUUUUUUUUGAUUGGCAUUUUAAAAUCAGUAUUUAAAUUGAAGACUUCGCGUUUCAUUAGUUUUAACAAAGUUGAAAGUGACUGCUCUGUACAUCAUGACCUUAACAAUGUUGAUACUGUAAGUGAAAGUUCACUGUUGUCUCUAUACUAAGUUUAUUGGUGUUUUUCACUUAAAAUUAGGACUGCAGAUUAUUCCCCGAGCAGGCUUGGUCCAGGGGGGUGGCUCUAUCCAGAUGCAGUAUGCAGUCAUGUGGAACCUUGCUUUCUAGUGCUGGGAAAGAAGAUGUCUCUAAUUACUGGCUUCAAUAAACAUGAAUCCAGACUGCUUACAAUUUUUGGUGACUUUCUUUAUGACAAAUCUUCCCAUUGGAGAUACAUUGAAUUGUCUGCUCAACAUGUGGGGUGUCUGCCCUGUAGCUAAAAAUGAAUACCUCUCGAAAUUCUCAGAAAUUUUGUAAAAAAAAAAAAACAUUUGAAAGCCAUUAUUUUGAGGUAUGUGGAGUUCCACGUAGUGGGUAAAGCACAGUGGGGUUUGUGAGUUGUCCAACCUAUUUUCUUUCCUCUUGGAUAAAUUUUUGAUUGUCUGAAUUGGGCUAGGUGAUUUUCAUUUAACUAAUUUAGAAGCCUUGAGGAUUCAUAGAGGACUUGCAGAGCAACUAUAUCAUAAUGGGAAUAGUAAAAUAUGUUCAAGAAAAUUAGAUUCUUUGUAUUAGACAUCAUUGCAUUUCUGAUUGUUAUAGUUUAAGCAUGUUGGGUUUGUUCUUUAAAGCUGAUUUAGUAUACAAAUUUUCUCCCCAACAUUUUAUUUUGAAAAAUUGUAAACCUCCAGAAAAGUUGAAAGAGAAGUAUAGUGAACUCUAAUGUUCUUUUAUAUAAAUUCACCAGUUAGUUAAUUAUCACAUUAGGAGUUCUUAAAUGGUAAUUUUCUUAUUUCAUCAUGCCUUCUACAUUUAUUAGCUGGCAUUCAUCUGUAAAGAAGAGUUUUCUACCCUCUGUUCUUUUUGGGUUGUGAUUUUUACUAUGAAUUUGGUUUUAUUUUUUAAAUUCAAAGUGUUAUAAUCUAAUAACUCAGUAUUUUUUAUGCUUAGCUUGCCCCAGAUUUGAAGAGUGGUGAUCUCCUCCAACUAGCUGUGUCUUUUUUUUUUUAAAUUGAGAUUUAAUUCACAACUUCAAAUCCACUUUAAAAUGUUGAUUUCAGGGAUUUUUUAGUAUAUUCACUAUGUUGUGUACCCAUUACCACUAUCAGAUUCCAGAACAUUUCCAUCACCCUCAAAA